UCAAACCCCGAGGUGGACUAAAAAAUAUAUAAAUAAAGGGUCCCUCCUUCCCAUUCCCUCACUGUCAACAACACAUUUCCUUCAGGCUUCAUAAUUCUGCAAAGAGAGAAAAGACAGAUAUACUCUAUCAAUGGCUGUAAAAAUCUAUAUCAUUUACUACUCUAUGUAUGGACAUGUUGCAAGGCUAGCUGAAGAAAUUAAGAAAGGAGCUGAUACUGUGGAAGGAGUGGAAAUUAAGCUAUGGCAGGUACCUGAAACCCUGCCAGAAGAAGUUCUUGGAAAGAUGGGCGCACCACCAAAGAGUGAUGUCCCAAUCAUCAAACCCAACGAUCUUACUGAGGCUGAUGGUGUUCUUUUUGGUUUCCCCACAAGAUUUGGAAUGAUGGCUGCACAAUUUAAAGCAUUUUUGGAUGCAACUGGCGGGCUAUGGGGAACCCAACAGCUUGCAGGCAAACCAGCUGGAAUCUUUUUCAGCACUGCAUCUCAGGGAGGUGGACAGGAAACAACUGCCUUGACUGCUAUCACCCAGCUUGUUCACCAUGGAAUGAUCUUCGUGCCCAUUGGAUACACAUUUGGAGCUGGCAUGUUUGAAAUGGAGCAGGUGAAGGGUGGCAGCCCAUACGGUGCAGGUACCUUUGCUGGGGAUGGCACCAGACAGCCUACUGAGCUGGAACUAGGCCAAGCUUUCCACCAGGGGAAGUACUUCGCUGGCAUUGCAAAGAAAUUCAAGGGAACCACUUGAUUUGAGCCAGUAAAUUGCACUCGCUUCUUAGAAAUUUCAGUCCUAUGUUCACCUGAUCAAUAAAGUGCACCUUCUGGAGUAUAUUUGGUGUCACAAACGUAUGUUUCAUUCCUUUAUAACAAAGGCUUCUUGUAUUGAUGAAAGAUUUUUUUAUGGAAUUCUAUGAAAAUUCAUUUUGAAUUUUCUUCA